AAUGUCGACAGAAAGCAGGCAAUAAUCACGCGACACAUUUUCGAUGCAUGUAAACCGGCCUUUAUGCAAUCGUUGAUUUUGUUUAAUCGCUACAAAGAUUUCCUCCUUUUUUCAUUCGAAACAUGAGUAAUUUUCAAUGAACGAAUAUUAAAUUAUAUUGUGAUAAAAAAUGUUGAAGAAAUUUUUUGUUCCUAUUUUAUUUGAAUUCAAACGCAGAAUAGUGAAAGUGCGUAGUGAAAGUACGUAUACGAAAUACGUAAUAUGUCAAAGUGUCGACGAAAUCCGCAAUUGAAAAAUCAAAUUGAAAACGCAGAGUUGUCGGUCAACGGUUGUUUCAAACACAUACCGAAUCAACGACAUUUCAGACGCACUUUUUUGUCCCGUUCCGUUUAUAGUGUGUUUGUCAAUUGAACCUUUUAAAUAAAGACUCUUUUUUUUUUAUUCAAACCAAUUUGUGUGUGUGAAGUUUUGUUUUUAAUAAACGUAUUGUUUGCAAUUGAAUUCAACGAGAUGGAAAAUAAAUCGAGAUUACCGACAAUGAUAAAAAAGCCAGCGAUUCGUGCUCAUGUUCCCACCGAUCGAUUGGUUACACCGUCAGCAAACACUUUUCUGCUGCAAAGCAUGAAUAAAACGGCUGUGGUGCCGGGUGUAAAAUCGAAUAUAGCCAAUCGACCGGCGCUCACAUCAUUUGAGAAUGUAAUGAACAAUUUGAGAAAUGGUACAACAAAUGCGGCAAAUCGUCCGACAAAACGUCAUGCAUCGCCUGAAUUUCGUUCAGCAAAAUCGCAGUCGAUUGCGGCGAAAAAACUGCGUCGCAGCCGUUCAGUCAGUGACAUCGAUGCAAUAUUGAGCAUGGCUCAAGCACAAAAACGCGCUGCCCGACCAUUUCGAAUUCCAUUGGCACCAUCAUCAAAAAUCGAAGCGAUCAAAGUGUCACUAGCUCCACCAAAAACCAAGCCAAGCGCCACAGCAAUCAAACCAAAAGCACCAUUACACAAAAAACUUGCGUUAAACAAAACAGUGGCCGCUGUCACUGCAAAAAAAGAAAAUGGUGAUGGUGCCAAAGCGAAAUUGGUGACCGGUGGUAAAAAGAUACCCGCCUAUGACUUCAAGGCACGGUUCUAUGAUUUGUCCGAAAAACACAAAGUGCUGAAAGAGAAACAUGAACGACUAAAGGAGCAACUAGGCGAAUUCGAAUCACUGCCCGAACAAUAUGAUGAAUGCCGUGCUAAAUUGAGCAAUUUAGAAACCGAAUAUAAAUCAGUGCAAGAGCAAUUGGCGAAACUGGAGCAACAAAAUGCAGAAGAUGAACAGAAAAUCAAAACGUUGAACGAAGAUUUAAAUGCCAAAAUCGAAGAAUGCCGUGCUUUAACCGAGGCUAAAGAUACAAUUACCGCACAAUACAACACUGUAAAUACGGAAAACACUGAGCUGAAAACCAACAACGCCGAAUUGGAAACCAAAUUGAAGUCACAACAAGACAUGAUCGAGCAAUUGACAUUGGAAUUACAGGAGGCUGGCGAACAAUUGUUUCGGGCCAAUAUCGAUCGCAAGGAUCUACACAAUACUAUCAUGGAUUUGCGUGGAAAUAUUCGAGUAUUUUGCCGUGUUCGGCCACCAUUGAAUGGUGAAGAAAACCGCACCCAAUGUGCUUGGCAACAUAAUGACGAAACUUCGAUGGAAAUCACAAGCGUUGAAAUAAACAAGAAGCCUGUGAAGCAUGAGUUCAGCUUUGAUCAAGUCUUUCGUUCGAAUUCAAUGCAAGAGGACAUUUUCGAGUUAGUCUCGCCACUAAUUCAAUCGGCUCUCGAUGGUUAUAAUGUAUGCAUCUUCGCUUACGGCCAGACUGGAAGUGGAAAAACGUUUACAAUGGACGGUACUGAUUCGAUGCCUGGUAUAAUUCCACGAACGAUUGACCUAUUGUUCGAUUGUUUCCAGCAAAAUAAGCGACUUGGUUGGGAAUUCACAUUGCGUGCAUCAUCGCUUGAAAUUUACAACGAAAUCCUGUUCGAUUUGUUGAGCAACGAGGCAAAAGAUCUGGAUAUUCGAAUGGUUAGUGCAAAGACGCCAACCGAAAUCUUCGUAUCGAAUCUAACCGAUUACGAUGUGCGCAAUAAAGAAGAGCUGCAUCAACUGAUUGAGUUUGCUAAACGAAAUCGUGCAACAGCGGCAACGGUUGGUAACGAACGGUCGUCGCGUUCGCAUUCGGUGACCCAGUUGCGUUUAUUUGGUGAACACAAGGGUAAAAAUGAAAUGACCAUAAGCACAAUCAAUUUGAUUGAUUUGGCCGGUUCAGAGAGUCCAAAAACCAGCGUACGAAUGGAAGAAACAAAGAAGAUUAAUAAAUCGCUGAGCGAACUCACCAAUGUAAUUAUGGCACUACUACAAAAACAAGACCAUAUCCCUUACCGAAAUUCCAAACUUACACAUUUACUGAUGCCAAGCUUGGGCGGCAAUUCCAAAACACUCAUGUUUGUGAAUGUGUCACCAUUCCAAGAUUGCUUCAUCGAAACGGUCAAAUCACUUCGUUUCGCCGCAUCCGUCAACAACUGCAAGAUGAACAAGGCCAAGAAGAACAAACUCUACCCGAGCCCCUUGCCGAAUACAUCAGUCAACGGAAGCAUUUAAAAUUAUGAUAGCUAUCAGCCUAAUUGUAAGCAUAGUCUAAUAAAAUUAUCAAUCAUUUCAUGGAUUAUGACUAGAGUCUUUUCCCAAUAAUCAUUCAUCAUACCCUUUUCUUUGUAUUUGGAAUUUUAUUAAUAAAAACUUAUCCAAAAAAUGCAUUCACAAUUAUUAAAUGGUUUUUUAGCACUACAUGAAAUGUAGAGCUAAUAAUCUGCUUCUUUUUUUUCUUAAUACUUUUCGAGUGAUGAAACAAACUAUGGUGAAUUUGAAUUGUAUGCUCAUAUUUUUUAUUUAAUUUAAAACAGUUGCACUAACGACAAAUAAGUGCAUAAUAUCUCAAAGCGCCAAUCAAAUUUUUAUCAUCAAAUGUUGUUUAGAAAUUACCAGGGCCGAAGAAAAUAUUUACGCUCAACAGCCAAAAUAUUUAUUUAAAUAUCUUUGAAAAAGGCCCCAAAUAUGUACGCUAAAUCGAAAAAACAUGGCAAAAUAUUUACGAUAAAUAUAAAAUAUUUAAGAGAAAAAUCAAUACUUGGAUCUUCCUAAGAAUUUAUUGAAGUGUGUCUUUCACUAUUCCAACUGAUUACAAGCAUUGGCCACAUAUUUUUUUCAAGUUUUCAAACAACAAUGCUCGUAGGUUGUCACUCAAAACACCUUUGUGAUGUGAAAAGAUACUUCGACGUCACAAGAUGUGAUUGGGACUGCUAAACCGUACUGCCUACACAAUCAAAAACAGUCCUUCGUGAUUAGUUACAUUAAAACAGCAAACGAAAACACUCAUAUAAAUAUUUUGAAUAAGAAAUCAUUUUGCUGUAUACAGACAUUUAUUUCACUUAUUUCACUAACUUGUUUUGACAACAAUAUAAAGAACAUUUAAACUGAUACAAACAAAUUGUUUGCUGUCAAAUCCUGUCUCGCUCACACCAACCGUCACACUGACUCGUUCGUGGACGAAUUUCUGUUAGCGUAAAAGAGAUGUUGUUCGCAGUAAACUCAGUUUAGAUGUUCUUUGCAAAU